GUCUUGAUCUUGGGAAUCGAGAGGUACAGAAUCAAGUGUUUUAGGUUCUGGUUCUGGAAAUGACUCUACGUUGGUUGUCUUCACAGCUGUGGAGGCACAGGGUCAGCGGUCUGUUGGCAGUGCUGGCGGUUUUACUGCUUCUAACACUGCUCGCCACUCAAUCUUUGCAGAUCAACAGGUUUGCCCCUUCCAGGACCCAUGAAUUGAGACCUACAGAGGAGAGAAGGAAUCACAGAGAACCUGCUCAUAGACACACAAAACAUCACACUCAAAACACACACCAAACGCCCAAACAGACUUCGCCAACCAGCGAUGACCAGCAGAGGGCACAUCCACCUGUGGUGUUCCUGAAAACACACCGGACUGGCAGCAGUACAGUGCAGAAUAUCCUGUUUCGACUCGGGGAAAGAGAGAGUGCCACCUUCGCCUUUCCUUACCACACGUAUCAGUUUAAUUACCCAGACAGAUUCAAAGCGGCCUUUGUGGACGAACUUCCCGAGGGUUCCUCUCAGUUCAACCUGUUGUGCAGUAAUAUGCGUUUGGACCUGACGCAGGUAAAACAGGUGAUGCCCCCGAACACUGUCUUCAUCACACUGUUACGAGAUCCGGUUAGGGCCUUUGAGUCAGUCUUCAGCUACUAUACCUCCACCGUCCCAGCAUUCCUCAGUGCAUACAGAGCCGCUGCUGACACUGCUAACAGAGGCAAAUCUGCCCUCUCUGUAUUCCUGGACUCUCCCAACAGCUUCUGGGACCCGAAUGAACCUGGAAACGGUCUGGCCAAGAACCCCAUGAGCUUCGACAUGGGGCUGAAUAACCAGAAGUGGAACACUUCCUGGCCAGAAGAUCUGUCUCAACUCGAGGAGGCGUUUCACCUGGUCAUGAUUGCUGAACACUUUGAUGAGUCUCUGGUCCUCUUGGGGGCUCUUCUGGGACUGGACCACGAAGAUUUAGCUUACGUUCGGCUAAACUCUCGUGCAAGCGACAGUGUGACUGAGCUGGACAAGAACAUGAUUGCAAAACUGAGAUCGUGGAACGUGUUAGACACUCUGUUGUACGAAUUCUUCAUGCAAGUGUUUUGGGAGAAAGCAAGACAGUUUGGGCUGGAGAGGUUGAACGUAGAGGUUGCAAAGCUUAGGGCGUCUACGGAAAGCGUUCGGCAAAAAUGCGUGUCGAGGGCUGCAGUGCCACCUGCUGAACUGGAAGACUUGUUGCGUCCGUGGCAGACAGAAUCGGUCACUAUUGUAGGAUACGAGGUACAAGGAAACCUUUCGCUCCAAGAUCAAGGUUUUUGUGUUCGGUUGAUGUUGCCUGAGCUUCAGUAUCACUCACACUUGUACUUCAGACAGUACGGUAGAGAUAUGAGAGCUGCUCCAGCGGACUGAACCUUGAAAUGGACCAAAAGGUGCUGCUAACUGUCUUCGGCCUAGUCUUGGCCAGAUGAGAGGAGAGACACACAGCGGUCUAUCAAAUCUUCAUGGAACAACCCUGGUACAGAUGAACCAUGAUGGACCCACUGCACCUUCUGAACUCUCAGUAGACUGAACACCUGUCCUGGAUAAAACCAAAACUGAACACUCCUUCACAGAACAGUGACACAUGAUCUACAUUAAACUGAAACUGUUAAACUGAUGGUAUAAUUAAGUGUUUUGCAUGAUGACUUGAUAUCAAGCACUAAUGAGAAACCUUCUAGUCACUUUUACACAUAGAGCCUUUGCCAUAAACUGAACAGCACUUUUCUGUUAAUUGGUCAUAUGCGAACAGAACCUGUUGUUGAAGUGCUGAAAAAACAGUUCAGGUAAUAUGCAGGCUUAAGCAGUUAGACGCAGAACAACGAAUGGAACAGAAUACAGGUUUCUAGGUGCAUUUUUAAAAGUUAAAGUUCAUUUUAACUUGACACGUCUUAAAAAAAUGCAGCAUUCCCACACAAGUGCAUUGGUCAAAGAUGUCCAUGUAGUGCAUGUUUACAUAGAAAAACAAUUAAAAACAGCACAGACGGAUGAAAAAAUGUGUUUUGUGUGAACACCUCCUAACUUUGCCGGAAACAUUCUGUAUUGAUGCUACUGUGUGAUCCAGGGGGUCAGGAAUUGGCUGGUUACCAGGUCCCUGUUAGCCCCUGCUGGGAAAUGCUGGAAAUACACCCAAUGAUGGCAAAAAGCAUGUUUUUCUGAUUGUUUUUGAAGGGCUCCUACAAGCAUGAAAUUAAUUAAUACAUUUCCCUAUCUUAGGGAUGCAAACUAAUAAGAGGUGAAAAAGGUGAGAAAAUCAUAGCAUUUGUUCCGGAUGUACAGUGAUCCCCUCCCUGAUUUCUUCAAUUUUUGUGUAUUUUUCAUACUAAAUUAUUUUAGAUCUUCAAAUGAGAUAUAACCUAAAACAAAGGUGACCUGAGUAAACACAAUAAACAGUUUUCAAAUAUAUAUAUAUGUUUUUUAUUAAAACAAAAAAGUUAUCCAACUCCUAUAUCAUGUUUGGAAGACCCUGUCUUCCAAACAGUUCCACUUUAGACUCCUCAGUCCACAAAACAUUCUCCCAAAAGGUUUGAGGAUCUUCUGGGUUAGCAGUGGUUUUCGCCUCGCCACUCUUCCAUGGAUGGCAUUUUUCGCCAGUGUCUUUCUGAUAGUGGAGUCAUGAACAGUGACCUUUAUUGAUGCGAGAGAGGCCUGCAGUUCCUUGGAUGUUUUCCUUGGCUUUUUUGUGACUUCCUUGACACGCUGUGCUCUUGGAGGAAUUUUGGAAGCACGGCCACUUCUGGGAAGGUUCACUACUGUGUCAAGUUUUCUCCAUUUGGAGAUAAUGGCUCUCACUGUGAUUCUGUGAGUCCACGAGCCUUUGAAAUAGCUUUGUAACCCUUCCCAGACUGAUGUGUCAAUCACCUUUUUCCUCAUCAUUUCUGGAAUUUCUUUCGACCUUGGCAUAGUGUGCUACAGGGUGAGAUCUUUUAGUCAACUUCAUGCUGCUGUAAAAGUUUUAUUAAGGUGUUGAUUUGAUUGAACAGGGCUGGCAGUAAUCAGGUCUGGGUGUGUCUAGUCCAGCUGAACCCCAUUAUAAAUGGGGUUUCAUAGAUUUGGGGAUUUAGUAACUAAGUGCGCAAAUACUUUUUCACACAGACCCAGUUGUUAA